AGUAGCAACAUUUCUGCGACCUUAAAGCCUUCAUCAUCAUCCUCUAACUCCAACGACGAGCGGAGGCUUUCUCUGUAUUGACUGCAGCUCACACAUCUCGUGUUUCUCCAAAAACAUGGCGGCCCUCAAAGCUCUCUGCAGAGCGGAGACUGUUCUCUUCAGAAACAUCUCCGGCCCCCGCAGGUCCAAAUUAAACUUCGCUAGCAACCAGUUGACAAAGAUUUGUGGAUGUUCCUUUUCCACCUCCAGCCUGAGAAGUUCCCAGUUCUACUCCGAUCCGUCUGAGGCAGUGAAGGACAUCCCUGAUGGAGCUGUCAUUCUAGUUGGAGGUUUCGGAUUGUGCGGUAUACCAGAGAACCUCAUCAACAGUUUAUUGAAGAGCGGCGUUAAAGGCCUCACUGCAGUCAGUAACAAUGCAGGAGUGGAUAACUUUGGUCUGGGCCUCCUGCUGCAGAGUAAACAGAUCAAGAGGAUGAUCUCCUCAUAUGUGGGAGAGAAUGCAGAGUUUGAGCGGCAGUAUUUGGCAGGAGAGCUGGAGGUGGAGCUAACGCCACAGGGUACUCUAGCAGAACGGAUCAGAGCAGGAGGUGCAGGGAUUCCAGCUUUCUUCACAGCCACAGGUUACGGAACCUUGAUCCAAGAGGGAGGCUCUCCGAUUAAGUACAAUAAAGACGGCAGCAUUGCUAUAGCCAGUGAGAAACGAGAGGUGAAGGAGUUCAAUGGCCGACACUACAUCAUGGAAAAAGCUAUCACUGGAGACUUUGCGUUGAUCAAGGCAUGGAAAGCUGACAAGGCGGGAAACAUUGUUUUUAGGAAAACGGCAAGAAACUUCAACCAGCCCAUGUGCAAGGCAGCCAAAACCACAAUCGUUGAGGUGGAGGAGGUGGUGGAGGUUGGGACGUUUGCUGCAGAGGACAUCCAUAUCCCCAGUAUCUACGUCAACAGAGUGGUUCACGGGCUCGGCUACGAGAAAAGAAUCGAGAAACGCACCGUAAGGAAAGGCCAAGACGAGAAGCCCAAACCAAAGAAGGACUCGGACAUCGUUCGGGAAAGGAUCAUUCGUAGAGCUGCUCUGGAGUUUGAAGACGGGAUGUAUGCUAACCUUGGAAUCGGCAUCCCCAUGCUGGCCAGUAACUUCAUCAAACCAGACAUCACCGUACAUCUCCAAAGUGAGAACGGGAUUCUGGGACUGGGGCCGUACCCUACGCAAGAUGAAGUGGAUGCAGACCUGAUUAACGCCGGGAAGGAGACUGUUACUGUGCUCCCAGGGGCCGCCUAUUUCUCCAGCGAUGAGUCAUUCGCCAUGAUCCGGGGGGGUCACAUUAACCUGACAAUGCUGGGAGCCAUGCAGGUGUCAAAGCACGGAGACCUGGCCAACUGGAUGAUCCCAGGUAAGAUGGUGAAGGGAAUGGGAGGAGCCAUGGAUUUGGUGGCCAGUGCUGGAACCAAGGUGGUGGUCACCAUGGAGCACUCAGCAAAGGGGGGAAAACACAAGAUAUUGGACAAAUGCAGCUUGCCUUUGACGGGGAAACAGUGUGUGGAUCGGAUCAUCACUGAAAAGGCUGUCUUUGAUAUAGACAAGACAAAAGGCCUAACUCUGAUAGAAAUUUGGGAGGGACUCACUCCUGACGAUAUCAAGGCGUGCACGGGCACAGAGUUUGAGGUAUCUCCCAACCUGAGACCAAUGCAGCAAAUUUAGUGUUUCUCUUUAUCUUCUGUAAUAAAAUAGCAGACGGAACAACUUGAAGUGCGGUCAAAAACAGAAACAAUGGCAGGUUCCAUGAGCAGCAAUGGUAACUGGUUAAGCCACAAGUGCAAUACUAUUAAAUAUUUCUUUAUGUGAUGCAAAAAUAAUGCCAUUAAGCUCUUUGAGUCCUCGAGAAUGUGGGACACCUACAGGACUCCUAGUGGAAGAAGAAUGGGCAUUUUUACAGUCGCAUUUCUGUUAAAAGUAUAAAUACAAAAUGCAGUUCAGGUAUUUGUAGGGCAAAGAUGCAGUAGCUGAAGUGAAUUUUCCUCAAUCGUAAUAGCAAAACCUGGUGCUGCAAUAAAUAAUAGAGAAAAAAAACAUCCUCUUUGCAUCAUCCAUCCAUUCUUUGAAAGAUUUACUGAACUGUCAGUUGUUUUUGUUGUUCAAAUCUAAAACAAUAAGCUUUAAUAUUUUUAUUCUGACAUUUGUUUUUAUGAAAUAAACUACAUUCUGGUGUGCAGA